GAGUGUGCUCGAUUGUUAUGUCAAAAUCACGUGGCGUCAUGAUGGCGACGUACGGUUAGACUUUGGCGAUUUAACAAUGUGGUCGAAAAUAAGAAAGAAAUUAACGAACGAGCUCGAUCGCGAAGACCAUAGAAUUCGUAAACAUUGCAGAGAAUGGCGGAUUAUAUUCAGAUAACUUGAAUCCCAGUUCGAUCAAAUUGGAGGAUCAUAAUCGUAAUUUCCGUUGACGUUUGCUGCAAUUGCACGGUUGAAGUAAUGGCAAAAUGACAAGCACAGCUGACAAGAAUGUUGCGAGGAAAGCGUGUACCGAGAUCGGAUCGUCGAGAAAACGGCGCAACGAUCGUUUCCUCAAAAUGCGAUUCAAGAGGGCGAUGUACAAAGUAACGUCGGAGAUACAUUCAGAAAAUUAUCAUAUCUCUGAGAAGCUUGGUAGUGGCAAUGCGGUAACUAAAUUCACUUUUAAAUGUCCAUCUUACAUGAUUGACGCGGAAUCCACAGCCGGACCACUAAAUUAUGACAAUGAUGAUGAUCUAGAUGUAGAUAGAGAUAGAGAUGGAGUCAUUUUAAUAGAGCACAGCAUAUCUACAGAGCUGAACUUAGUCGGUUUGCAAGUGUGGAGGGGCGCUUUCUUGCUAGCUGACUACAUCUUGUCGCAUCCCGACUCGUUUAGAAAUCAAAUAAUUCUGGAAUUAGGAUCUGGCGUUGGUUUAACCAGCAUCAUAGCGAGUUAUUUAGCAAAACAAAUCAUUUGCACCGAUAUCAAUGUGGGUGGUAUAUUAAAUUUAAUUGAACGGAAUUUUGUACGAAAUUCUAUGUACGUUAAAUCCGGUUUUCAUAUCGAAGAAGUAAACUUUUUAAAUUUGGAAUGGCCGAAAAAAUUAGAAGAGAGAUUACAAAGUGCUAGCGUCAUAUUAGCCGCGGAUGUGAUCUACGAUGACAAAAUUACAGAUGGAUUUGUCCGUACAUUGACAAAACUUUUGUAUACGAAGAAGAAAAAGACGGUUUACGUCGCUCUCGAAAAGAGAUAUGUCUUUACUAUCGCCGAUUUAGAGACCACUGCUCCAAUGUUUGAAGAAUUUUUACGUUGUAUUGAAAAAUAUAAAAUGAAUUGGUCUAUAGAUUAUAUAAAUAUAGAUUUUCCGCAUUAUUUUAAAUAUGAUAGAGUCAAACAUUUGGUUUUAAUGAAGAUACAAAAUAAUACAAAAUCUAUUGCAGAUGUAUAGCGAAUUUUUUAAUUAGGUAUGUGAGUA